AUGUCCCGGAGGUUGCCGCGCCUGCUGUUGCUGUUGCUGCUGCGGUCUUGUUGCUGCUACUGCAUUGCUGCUACUUCUGUCUCGUUGCUGCUGCAGCUAGGAGGGCUUAGCGACCCUCCUACGGAGUGUGGGGCCCGUCUCAGCGUGGAGGGGCUUCGCCGGCUGCUGCAGUCUUUGAAGCAGUACCUGCAGCAGCCAGAGGCAGCAGCAGAAUGGCUGGCUGUUGCCGGUGCCGUAGCAGACGCCUUCAGCCAUUCGGCCCCGCGGGCUCUUCUGGCGAGAGCGGCUGUGACGACCCAGGCCCUUCGUUUGUCUUUUGGUCUCUACUUCUCUUCAAUUGAGACACAAGAUCUAGGCCCCAGUGCGGCAGCCGCUGCUGAAGCGGCUCACCAACAGCAGCAGCAAAAGCAACGGCAGCGAGAGAAGCAGCAGCAGCAGCAGCGGCAUCUGCAGCAACGACACCAGGAGCAGCCGCAGCAGCCCCUGCCGCAGCAACAACAGCAAAGAAAGCAGCAUCGGCAACGGGAUGAUUCCCCAGGGCCUUCGUUUGGCCACCCGCUUGACUGGUUAUUGCAGGAGGGUCUCCGCAGCAGCAGCAGCAAAAUGCCAGCAGGCACGGAGCCCCUGCCUGCUGAAGACCGGCAGCUGCUGCUGCGCUGUCUGCCAGAGUCCAUCUGCAGCAGCAGCAGCAGCAGCAGCAGCAGCCGGACCCCGACGGCCGUUGGCGGCCACCUGAUGGCCCCGCUCAGGCUUCCGUUUGAUCCGCAGGAUGUCGCAGCAAGAUGUGUAGCACAACUGCUGCUGAUAGACUUGCUGAGGGUAAGCUAA